UUUUGCUUUAAUGCGAAACGUAAUUAACCCGGAAAAAAGAGUCGAGAGACAGGGCCGUGGAGGACGGCGGCGGGUGGGGGGAGAAGAGCGCGGCAGGACCGGCGGGGAGCCGCAGCCCCGAGGCGCAAGAGCCCUGGGACCCGAUGCGACCCUUGCUGCGCACAGAGCGGGUGAUGUGAGCAGAGCCCAGGAAUGCCUUAUGUGGAUCGGCAGAACCGAAUCUGUGGGUUUUUGGAUAUCGAGGACAAUGAGAACAGUGGCAAGUUCCUUCGGAGAUACUUUAUCCUGGACACCCAGGCCAACUGCCUCCUCUGGUACAUGGACAAUCCCCAGAACCUGGCCGUCGGGGCAGGAGCUGUCGGAUCUCUGCAGCUGACUUACAUCUCGAAGGUGAGCAUAGCUACCCCAAAGCAGAAACCCAAAACUCCAUUCUGCUUCGUUAUCAAUGCCCUGUCUCAGAGAUAUUUUCUUCAAGCUAAUGACCAGAAAGAUCUGAAAGACUGGGUUGAAGCCUUGAACCAAGCCAGCAAGAUCACUGUCCCUAAGGCUGGGACCCUCCCCUUGGCCACUGAAGUUCUCAGAAGCCUAACAGCUCCUCCCACCCUAGAGAAGAAGCCACAGGUGGCCUACAAGACUGAGAUCAUUGGAGGCGUGGUGGUGCAAACGCCCAUCAGUCAGAACGGUGGGGAUGGACAGGAAGGGAGUGAGCCGGGCUCUCACGCCUUCCUGCGGAGGUCUCAGAGCUACAUCCCCACAUCAGGCUGCCGUCCUUCCACCGGGCCGCCCCUCAUUAAGAGUGGCUACUGUGUGAAGCAAGGGAACGUGCGGAAGAGUUGGAAACGGCGCUUCUUUGCCCUGGACGACUUUACCAUCUGCUACUUCAAAUGUGAGCAGGACAGAGAGCCUCUGCGCACUAUACUACUCAAGGAUGUUCUUAAGACUCACGAAUGUCUCGUCAAGUCUGGUGAUCUCUUAAUGAGGGACAACCUGUUUGAAAUCAUAACCAACUCCAGGACAUUCUACGUACAGGCGGACAGCCCUGAAGACAUGCACAGCUGGAUUCAGGAGAUUGGAGCAGCUGUCCAGGCCCUCAAGUGCCACCCCAGAGAGCCAUCCUUUUCUAGAUCCAUUUCUUUGACGCGACCUGGAGGUUCCAGCCUCGCGAGCGGGCCUAACUCCAUCUUGAGGAGGCGGCCAGCAGUGGAGGAAAAAAGGGCUCUCUGUAAGGCCCCUUCAGUGGCCUCCUCCUGGCAACCCUGGACACCGGUCCCCCAGGCUGGGGAAAAGCUGUUGUCAGCUGAGAAUGCUCCGGAGGACUCUUUAUUCAUGCCUCACCCUGGGGAGAGCAACGUCACCGGGGUGCUGGCUAGUUCUCGAGUCAGGCACAGGUCGGAGCCCCAGCACCCCAAGGAGAAGCCGUUUGUGUUCAACCUUGACGACGAAAACAUACGGACCUCUGAUGUGUGACAUGCACUGCCAUCGUGUGCAGGAGAGAGCUCUGUGACUCAUUUUCUCGGCCAUGGCCGAGGACAGAGGCUAAUGGCACUCACAGUGGAGGGGCCCAUCCAGACGGCUUUUGCUUUUGUUAUUAUCGACACAGUGUAUUUAAUUGGAGGAAGUCACUAGGUUAGACCUACAGGCAUACUCCAUUGCCUCUUGAAUGUCCCUCUCCCCCAGGUUUCCUAGUGAGGGGUUAGUUUUAAUACUUCCUGUCUGGGGGGUAGUUGGAGUCUAGUUUCACCCCUAACCAAGUUCCCUUCCACCUUGUAUUUCUUUUAUCUUCUUGGUUUUGUGUCCGGUCUAUAUAUAGGAUCUCAGGCUAAGCGCUGGUUUUGUCCACCUGUUUUUUGGCUGAAGUGUGGGGAUCAGGCAAAUGGUUACCAUCAGGACUGAAAGGCAUCCGGUGCGGGAGACUCAGCUUACAGCUUGAUUGGGAUCCAUAUGAGAGGUGGCCUUAGAAUCUGGGAGUGAAGGGUGAACUCUGGAAUGUCUUCCCAGGCAGUUCCCUCAGGACACCUCCCAGGGGAGGAGAGGGGGCCUCUUAUGAGUCAUGAGGGCUAAUUAAACUGCCAUAGCCACUUGUGGGAA